GCUGACUCUUCUCUGCAGCACUGAAGCACACAGCUCGGCUCUCUUCUUUCUCCUCCAUGCACGCACAGACGUUCACAUGGCUGUGAGGGAAGCUGCACUUGUUCGGAGCUCAUGCCGAGAGGAAAACUAAACCUUUGUACACCUUGGAAGAUUAUUUCCAUUGGCUAGAGUAUUGCUUUUGUUUUCUUUCUGAAAAAAUAUUUUUUGUGAUCAAAUAUGCCUGUAGAAGCUACUAAGGAGGAUGAGGCCUGGGAAGGAAAGACUGAAUUACCGGUACAAGCUGGAACAGACAAGUCGCUUAAUGUUUCCUGUGCUUCAACACCUAGUGAUGAUAAUUCUUCUCCAAAACUCCCAAUGACAGCACAAACUCCUCAAACCAGUAAUCCCAUAUGUAAAGCUGUUGAUGCUGCAGUAUAUUACACAGCCAGCUCACUCCAUCAUCAGACAGACAAAGGCGACAGACCACAGCCUGAGGGGGCAAGCUGUGAUUCAGGAAUUGACAGCCCCAGUAUUAAAUUUCCACCAGUUACAUUACAUACUCCAGCAGAUCCAUGCAGCCCUAAAGAAGCAGAAGAAUGUAGUGAGGGGAAACAUUUAAAGUUACGUCAAAGUACAGAGGCAUUGGACAACACAAGGAAUGCCAGUAUUCCUGACACUAGGAUAGUUAUGGGAGAGGAGACGCAGCUCAGCAACAUGGAACAAAAUGCAAACAACCCACUGGAUAACUUGGCUCAGGAUGUUAAAAAUUUCCCUCUUGACACAACGGACUUAGUGCCUAUAAAUACCACUUGUGUGGUACCAACCAGCACCAAUAUGGGCACAAGCGCUACAGUAAGUGGCAAAAUGUCAGAACAAAAUGUCGAAUCAGCUAUUGGUGCUGGAAGUAAACAAGAUUUGGGGACAUUGCCUACUGCAAAUUUUAGCAAGGAAUUAAAAGCCAUGGAAUUUGCAGAAGGCUAUUGUGUUAAGCUUUCUGAUUCUUUACAGUCAGAAUAUAAGGAAACAGAAAAAGAGUGCACUAGAGAAGAACAUUUAUUAUCUCAGGGAGAAACUAGGAAUGAUGUGCCUUCAUCAUCUUUGGAAUUUACCAAAGAAGAACUGCACUUUGAUAAUAUUUUAACAUAUUCUCAUAUAAAAGAGGAUAAGACUACAUGUAGCAUAGAUCCUGAUUUAUAUUUCACAGCACCAUCAACUCCUACUAGAACAGUAUAUUCACAUCUCAGAGAUUUCUAUAUAAAAUCAGACUUACAUGAAGAGCAGAUUGACUUCCUUGGGGAGCAAGGAUUAUCUUCUCCCACUGCUGAGCAAAUUGUAUUCUCAGAAGAGGAAAUACUACCUUCCCCUCCAACUUCCCCAUCAGGGUCUUACAUAACUGCUGAGGGUGGAAGCUGGACAUCUUCCUUUACUUCUAGCAUUUCCUCUUCCCCCUCCCCAAACCUAAUAGCUGAGUCUGAAACAAUGGAAGUUCCAGCCUCUUUUGUGGAGUCACUUUCAGAAUUUGCAGAUGAAUUAAUGGAAGAAUCAUUAGGAAAACACACACACUCAUAUCACCAAUCUAAUUUAAGGGAAGUAGGAGUCGGUACAAAUACGAAGGAAGAUGGCCCAAAGAAAACUGAGUGUAAUAUGCUGCUAUCUAUUAAAUCUAAUAUUCAGGGGGAAGAAAUUGCACAAAAAGGUAUGGAAUUAAAUGAGCAAGCUAAGGUGUCACAUUUCUCAACAUCUUCAGAAUACUGCACUAAAAUGGAAUUGAUUAAAAAUCAGGAUACAGCAUCAUUAGAAACUCCUGAAAAUUCUGUUCAGGAGUCAAGUGAGGAAGAAAAGGAGCUACAUGAACAUUUCUUAUGUUAUAGUUCUAGUGAAGAUCAGACCAUGCAUCAAGGUACUUCUGAUCAUCUUUCUGUAAAUAUUAUUUCUACACCAAGCAACCAUGAAGCGUGUCAGAUAGAAAUAUCAUCACAAGACAAAACAUCUGAUUUAUUUUCUGAUCAGUCGCCAACAGAACCUAGCACAAUGUCUCAGUCCACACUGGUUUCUCAACUAUUACACAGAACUCAUGUCUUAAAUAACAGUUCUCCACUUGAAAUUUCUAUCAAUAAUUCAGAUGAAACAAACAAUGAAUUCAUGAUUCCAGCAAGUUUUCUGCCCUUUCAAGGUAGUUUAAUUUUUGCAGCAGACUCUGUAGAAAUUACAAUGCUUUCUACAGCUGGAACAGUUGUAAGUGAGGAUGCAAGUGGAGUAACAGAUAGUCUAAUUGAAGAUGAGAGUUCAGAAUCCUUCUUGCAGUCAUUGUCUGAUAAUUCAAUUAAUGAAGGUGUGGAUGAGUCUUUCGCUUUUCAGGAUGAUACUUCUGAAUCUUCAGCAUCAGUUUCAUUUGAUGGAGAUGAAGAUGAAAGACUGUACAGCACAGAGACUUAUGCCAUAACAGAUGGUACUGACGAAUGUGUAAAAGAGACAUAUGGAAUGAACCAGGAUUUAUCAGAGUCAGGAAGUGAGAGUGAAAUGGAAAUAUCAACUGAAUCAAACAUCUCUGAAGAUGAAAAUGAAUCAUUUUCUACUUCUGACAAUGUCAUAAACAAUAUUUCGUGUGAUACAGAGGAGCUCAGUUCGAAGGAAAAAGAGUAUAAAAUGUCAAAUGUGAUGGGAGAAGAAACCAAUUCUGAGUAUUCCUUAGAAAACGAUUCACAUGACAAACAUUCUUUCACUUUCACAGCUAAAUCAAAGGCACCAAAUCUAUGUGAUACAGGUAUGUUACAACAGCAAGGAAUUUUAAAAGAAUCUAUUGAAGGAUCACUGGGAAAGGCUUUAAAUGUGGAUGUACAAUGUGAUGAGCAUACCAGAAAAAAAGAUGACACAUUUUUUAAUAUAGUAACAGUGCAAGAAUCAUCACCACUUUUGGCUGAAGAGAUUCACAAGGAACAGCCAAUCAAUAUGAAAGCAGUCCUGAGUGAAAAACACAGUCCUGUUUUGCAAGGUGUGCUGUCUUCAUUUGAAAAAGAAGCACAAGACUUUACUAGAUGUGACAAUCUGCCAAGUGCUGUCAAACAUAAAGCAGAACAUUCAGACAGGGAUAACAGUCAUAUUUCUUCACAAGCAGAAGCAUGGGAAAUGCCCUUCAAUAUCUCGAAUGAUGAUAUUAGGACUCCAACAGGUACUGAAGCACAUAUGGUAUCAACAAAUGACUCAGAUGGUGGCAGCCUGACAUAUAUUGAUUCUGACAGCAAUUUAGAAAAUCAGUCAAUGAGAGAUAGAGAUGAACGGGGCUGUAAUUCACCAAUUGAGACAAAUCAGUCGACUCCUUCUUCCCAUAGUGAGCACUUAUUUGUUUGCAAACAAACUGAGGUGGACAGCAUGCAUGCAGAUGACUACAGUAAUGAAAGCAAUGAUUUUUUAUCAUCCGAAGGAACUGAAAAAGAAAACAAUUCUCACAUGAAAGAUAGUGUUCAUACCUUUUCACACUUGGCAUCAUCCGAUAUCUCAAAAGAAAGUUUGCAAGAUAAUGCACAUACUUUUUCCACAACUGAUGAACUAAAGAAACAGAUAGUAAUUAUGUCGGACAUUAAUGUAAACCCAGUGAGUAAUCUGCAAUAUGGCACAUCUGCCAUUUUAAAUGCUGAAGUAACUCCAAUAAGAGAUAAUGACAUAAUAAAUAAGAGUUCCCAUUCUGCAAAAAGUGUAAGUGGGGAAAUCUCAGGGGCUGUCUCAAAAUGUAGCAACAAUACACCUUUAAAAACCAAGACAUGGACAACAGACAAAGAUGCCUCCUAUAAAGAAGAAAAGGAAAGCUUAGUAGCUGAUUCCAAAGAUAGUUCACAUGUCAUUCCAGACACUAGAGCAUGUGAACAGUCAAUACAUGGUUUUCAAGAUGAUCAUUUUGUUAGUUCAGAGGACUAUCACAUGCAGGCAAACCAUCUAAAAUAUGAUACCACUGAACCUUUAGAAUCCGUAGAAUAUAUGCAAGCAAAAGCUGAUUUAACUAUGAAAGGAAUUGAAACUACUGUUGAUAACCCAAUGUAUAAGAUCAAUCUUUAUUCAGAAAUGAAGAUUUAUGAAACACCAGAAGAAAACAUUAUCACUACAACAGAUGUGGGCUCAGUAACUGCUUCCAAAGACCUUUCUUCUCAUGCUUCUUCUUCUUCAGAAGAAGAAGAAGCAAAAGAAAAAUUGUUGCAUGACCUACUAGAUGGCACCUUUGGUUAUUUUUGUCAUGACAACAUUCAAAGCUCAACAGGUGACUCAGGAGUUAAAAGUGAUACUCCUGGAGAUACUAAAGUGUAUGAAAAACUUGUAGAUGAUUUAAAAUCUGGUAGCAUUAUCCCUGCAGAUACUGAAGUUUGCAAAAUAUCAGAAGUAUCAAACACUGAAAUAGUGACAAACAUUGUAAGAGAUAUAAAUGGCAACUCCGAUAUUUCUCCUGAGAAAGGUGCAGUGGAGUUGUCUAAUUCAAACAACAGCAAGACAUUUGUGUUACAAACCAAAACACAGUUAGGAUCACUGAAUAAGCUAAAACAUAAGACAAACAAAAAGAAUACCAGUGGCAGAACAUGUGAUAUACAGUCAACUAAAGAAACUGAAAUGUAUAGAAAAAUAGUUAUUGACGGCAAUACAGAUGCACUUUCACAAACCAUAACUAGCAAAGAAUCAUUGCAUUACUCAGAAACUAAUGUGAGUGAAAAUGAUGUAGAAAAUUUAAAAGAAAAUGUUAAAACACUGGAAAACUCAACAGAUCACUCAGCUAUUUAUACAGAUGCCUCUCUAUGCAAAGAAGCAAACCUAAGCCCCACAGAAAGUGGUUCAGAUAGUUACAAUGCCUUACAAGAAAGUACAGUACUUUGUACAUCAGAUGAUACUAAUGCACUUUUACCUACUGGAAUGCUUGAAAUUUUAGUGGAAGAACAUCAGCAUGAUAAACUUGCAAAUCUACAAAAGGAACUUGAAGAAUGUCUCAUAAAUUAUUCCCAUAGUGAAAGUACAAGUAAAUGUGUGGCUAAAGACAUAGAUAAGGAGUCAGAAAAUAGCUCUAAAACUAAUACAAGUGACACAAACCAAGUCACAAUGAUACACACAUCUGUAACUGAUUCACAAGAUUCCGGGUCUUUAUCCUAUUGCACACCUCUAGAAUCAUGCAAUUCAGAACAUCAUGAUAAAAUGCCUGUGCGCAACACAGCGUCUGUAUCGGUUCCAUGCACACAUGCAGCUGUGCACGUCACUGAAAUUCCUUCAUAUAACAAGGAUAACAAUAUCUCAAGAGGUUAUAUAGAAAGCAAAAGUACAUCUGAAGAUUAUAUAAAAGUCCAUUGUCAACUUGAUUCCAGCAAUGUUAGUUCUAAAAUCACAGAAACCACCAAUAACCUUAAUAUUUCUCCUGGAUAUCCUAAUGAACCUAUGAAAAAUCUUAACAGUUUAGCAGAACUUAGUCCUUCUGAAGAUGAUAAAAACAGUGCAGAGCAGCUCGUUGUACCAUGUGAAGAACCAAGAGGUGCUGAAGAAGAAUCAGACAGCAACAACUUGAGUGACACCAGUGAAAAGUCAGUCGAUCAUAUUCAAAACUCAUAUAGCAGUAAUAUGCCUUGCACUAAUACAGAAACUGCAGUCCCCAGACAAACACUACCCGCAUAUAAGAAAAAAAAAACAAUAGAUACUGUAUCCUCUGCUGAUGAAAUAAAUGUAGAACAUGACAAUGUUAGAAAAAGAUUAGAUGCUGACAGCAGAAAAAAGGCAGAAAAUCAACCCCAAGACUUUGGAAUAAAGCAGUUUGAUGAUACUAGAACAGAAAUAGUUGAACAAUUCAUAGAAAUUACUAAUACAUCAUCCAUUAUUAUGAAUGAAGUCCCUACAUAUCCUGAAGAACAAUCGUUCACUGAUAGUCAAGUUAAAGUGGAUGAAAAACAUGCAAACUUUGGAGAGACAUCAUUAUCUGGUGAUCUAGCAGAAGCAGAAGCAAAAGAAGAAGAAGAUGAUGAUGAUGAUGAUGAUGAAGUAGCCCUCAAAGAAAAGACAUUCACAGAGACUCUAUAUGAAACAGAUGAGCAAACCACAAAUAAAGAUCAGUCAUUAACUGAUGAUCCAUCUCAAGUAACACAAGAAUUUCCAGAGGAUGCAAACAUGUCACACAGUAACAGCCAAAAUGAAAAAACAAGGUAUCCCACUAAGCUCAAAGAGAAAACAAUAACUGAUAGCUCAAACAAAGAGGAGAAAAUAACUGCAGAACCUGAAGGCAAGCUAUUCAUCAGUAGUCUGACUGAAAGAAAAGAAGAGCAAAUUUCAUUUGAUAACAUAACUUCAGUUGGAAAAAUGGCGGUCAGUGAUAGAUCACAUGAGGAAAAUCAAAAAACAUCAAAUAUUGGAGAAAAAUCAUGCAGUGGUAGUCUAUGUGAAGUAGCUGAAGAGCCAAAAGAGCUUGAAGAAAAGUUAUUGACUGAUGGCCAAAAUGAACUGCAUAAAGAGCCCGCAGAUUCUGAAAACAUAUUGCUGAAUGAUAGCCCAUCUGAAACAGAUGAUGAUGUCGUAGGCAGUGAAGAAAAAUCACUCAGCAGUAAUCUAGUUGAAACAGAUAAAGAGGGUACAAGCUUUGGACAAGUAUUAGAUAGCAUUCAGACUGAAGCAGAUGAGUCUUCAGCCCUAACAGAAAAAACAUGCACUGAUAGUCCAAAUGAAGUAAAUGAAACAUCAGGAGAACUAGGAAUUAAUUCAUCGAAUGAUGGUCCGAAGAGAGCACAAUCCACAGAUCUUGGGGAAAGGCUCUACAGUGAUAAGCCAUCUAAACAAGGCAAACAACCUCCAUACCUUGAAGAAAAAUCAGUUUCUGAUAUCAUCACUGAAAUGAAUGAAGAGCUCAUAGACCAUGAAAAAAAGAUAGUCCCUCUAAUUUCUGCUAAAACACAAAAGGAUUCUUGUGAUCUUGUAAGCAUGUCAUCUGUGGAUAAAAGUCAAGAAUUCACAGACCAUGCAGAAAUGUGUAGUGACAUGUUAGAUGAAACGGACAAACAGACAUCAUAUCUUGACAAAACUGUGUUUACAGAUAGCCUAGCUAAAGCAUCUGGAAAGAAGUCACUCAGUUGCAGACCAUCUGAAACAGACGCAGAAGUAAGUAAUGGAGAAAAAACAUUCAGUGAAAGUUCCACAAAAGCAAAUAAUGAGUCAACAGACCCUGGAGAAAAUAUACUCAUUAAUAAUACAAAUGCAGUAUUUGAAAAUCCUAUCGACAAAGGAGAUAGAUCAUUGUCUGACAGUCCAACUGAAACAGAUGAAGACCCAUCAGACCUCAGAGAAAAAUCCAUCACAGACAGUCUAACUGAAUCUGAUGAGGAGCCUACAGACAUGGGAGAAAUGCUGUACAGUGAAAAGUCUGGUGAACAUGAUGAGGAGAGUGCAUAUCAGCAAGAAAGUAUGGCUAGAGAAGGUGAACCUCAAAAACUCAUGAAUGUUUAUUCACAUCUUGAUGACUCACAUGAAAUAAAACUACAGCCUGCAUAUCUUAAAGAAACCUCAUUUGCUGCUAUUCCAGUUACAGCUGAAAAUCUCUCCAUAGAUCUUGGAGCAAAGUCAGUCUCUGGCAGCAAGACUGAUUUAGCUGAAGCACCCAUAGGUAGUGAAGAAAUAGCAUCCAGUGACAGUCCUGCUGAGUCAGACGAAGGCCAAACAAGCCUUGAAGAAAACAACUGUUCAGCUAAAGAAGAUACAGACUCCACAAAUUGUGAAGAAAAGUUAUUCACUGACAGUCCUCGUAUAUCACACAGACAACCAACACACCAUGAAGAAAAACUGCUCUCAAAUAACUCAACUAAGUUGAAUGAAAAGCAUGUACAGCUGGAAGAAAUACAAGUAACUGGUACCACAAAGGCAGUAGAAAAUGACCUUACAAAUCUCUGUGAAAUCUUAUCAGCACCCAAAGACAUAACUUUGGAAAAGUCAUAUAUUGUUGGUCCAAAUAAAACAGAUAAAAUAUUUACAUUUCUUGAAGAAGCAGUCAUCACUGAUUGCCAAAAUAUAGCAAGACAAGUGCUCGUGGAAUGCAGACAAACACCUUUUGAUGAAAGUUUGGAUAAAACAGAUGAAAAGCUCAUUGAUAAUAGAACAUUAACCAUAAACAACAUGUCUGAAUCAGAUAAAAACACCACAGAUGUUAAUGAAAAGCUGCUUAUUGUUAAUUCAGAUGAGACUGAUAAAAAAUCUUCUGACACAAAUGGAGAACCUGUAGACAAUGAAAAAAUCUCAGUCAUUGAAGAUCGAGCUGAAGAGAGUGAAGAGCCCACAAGUGUUAAAGAAAAUGAAAAAAAUAAACUUGGCACAGACUAUGAAAAAAAGUCACCGAUUGAAUGGAUAGCUAAACAAAAUCAAGAACUUACAGAAGUUGAAGGAAGAUCAUUUGCUGAUGCUUCCACAAAUGACACAGGUGUGGUGGUUAAAAACUUAGAGCAGGAUCUUGUUUUGCAAAGUGCUACCCAAGAUACUCAAAAGAAUGAGACCCAAAAACAUGCUGUCAUCAGAGCCUGUGAUGCUGAUUGUUUUGAUGAAAAUAAGCCGAAAGAAUGUGAAGAUCAGCAAACAACAUCAUCACUCAGUACAUGUGGUCCUAGUGCCACAGAGAUUAGGUUAAAGGGAAAAAAUGAUGAGGGCAGCCAGGAUGACAUUGGUGAAACUGCAUCUGCGCUAAAAGAUGAGGAAGUCAAUGACCAGGAAGUCCCUGCUUGUCAGUUACAGCCUGUAGAAUGUAAAGAGGAAUCUGUUACUUACCAUGAGGACACUUCUCACCAGGAAAUGGCACCUUCUCAUCUGGAAACAUGUCAUACAGAAGCAGAAUCUUCAAGUCGUGAGCUGCAAAAGUCAGACCAUGAACACAAAUUUGUUGGUGAUUUACAUGAGACCACUGUUGGUUUAGAGUUGGAAGAAGAUCAAAAAGACCUCAAGGAAAUCAACAAACCAGAAGAAAUACACAACAAGUGUGUAGAAGCUUCACUGGAUAGUAUGGUUGGACACAACAUGCAGAAUGAACUAAAUGAUGAUGUAUUUAUGGCUAGAGCAGUAGAGAAUUCAUUACAAAAAGGUGAAACACAUGCCAAAAAUGAAACUUCAUUUGCAGAGGCUGUAGAAGAAUAUAAAGUUUCACCAUCAGUUGCAGAAAUUGUGCCCAGUACUUCUGCCAAGUGUUCUUUAAGUGUCACACCCCAUUUUGGGUUCAGCCAUGAACCUGAAAAAACAGAAGAAUGUGCAAGAGAAAUAAAUGUAAUAUCUAAACACAGUCAGAUGUUUUCUGAGUAUGACAGAUCAGAACAAUUAGCUUCUAUUAUUGAUUCAGAAACUCUUGAGAUGAAAGAUUUUAGCACGGUGGGAUCUAAAGCCUCAGGAGAAACAACAUGUAUGAAAACAGAACAGGAUGACACAAGUCAGCAGCUUAUGACAGAGACACAUUCACCACAAAUUAAAGAAGAACUGCAGGACUCUGAUGAAUCAGAAGACAUUUGUGAACAGUGUGAAAAACAAGUCAGUGACAGCCAUGCCUUUGGUGUUCUGAGUUCUGAGGGAUUGAUAGACACUGAAACAUGCACUUUCCCAGAAAGGCCAGCAGAUGAUCACUCUUCUUCGCUUACAUCACAGCCUAUGUUUCCUAUAGGCAAGUCCCACACCCACCCUCCUUCCAACCACCAUGCCGUAGACAUUACUGAGCCACAAUCUACACAGCCUUAUGCAUCAACCAUCUCAUCCUCAUCCUCUUCCUCUUGCUCUGCCUUUGUUGAAAUGCUUCCUAGUACAUCAUAUUCUUCUCCACUCUCAGGUAACAUAAAAGAAUUAGCGAGUCCAUCAGAAAGUUCAAUUCCUGGAACAUCUGAAGCAGAAGAAGCAGUUAGAGCUGAAAAAUUCCAUCCAGUAGCUCAUAAAACAGAAGAUGAAAAGUCGACAGUUCUGCAGAUGCUGGAUCAGCUGACUCAGGCUCAUCAAAGAGAAAGGGAAUUCUGUGAUGUCAGGUCAGAAGCAGAGCCUUUACUUUCUAGAAGCACGAGACGACUCAGCCAGGGAUUCCUGCAUUCAGAAACCAGUUCUUCCAGUGAGAGCGAACUUGCUUACCUACAUCAAAGAACUGAGGUCUCCAAAUCAGCAGCAGGGAAAAAACAAGUACUGUGUGCAUCUCAGCUGGAACACAAGAGGUCAAUAACUGACCAGAAGAGGUGUAAAAGCCCCAUCAACUUCAAAGGUUCUCAUAAUUCUGAAAGUGAUGAAUCAAUCCCAGAGUUAGAAGAACCGGAUAUUUCAGAAACAAGGACAGCUCAUAAUCAGUCACAGCUUGCAGAUUCAGCUGAUCUGGGUGAAGAGACAUUGAACAAAGCUAAGCAAAGCCGUAGUGAAAAGAAAGCACGAAAGGCUAUGUCAAAGCUUGGUCUUCGCCAGAUUCAUGGAGUUACAAGGAUCACAAUCCGGAAAUCGAAGAACAUUUUGUUCGUCAUAACAAAACCAGAUGUAUUCAAGAGCCCCGCUUCUGACAUUUACAUUGUCUUUGGAGAAGCCAAGAUCGAGGACCUAUCUCAACAGGUUCACAAAGCAGCAGCAGAGAAGUUUAAAGUCCCCGUUGAACACUCCCCAGUCCAAGAAACUGCUCCUGCUCUGUCAAUCAAAGAAGAGAGUGAAGAGGAAGAAGAGGUGGAUGAGUCAGGUCUGGAAGUACGAGACAUUGAACUGGUCAUGGCUCAAGCCAAUGUCUCCAGAGCAAAGGCCAUCCGAGCACUACGGCACAACAGUAAUGACAUUGUUAAUGCUAUCAUGGAACUGACAAUGUAGAAGACCAUGCAGGAAGAAACAGAAAAUAAUUCUCUAUAUACUGUAUCUUAAGAGUGAUAUUUAUUAUUACAUGAGCCAGAUGAUAUAGGACUUACAUUUUAAAAGUAUUAAAACUAGUUUGCCUAUCUACCCUUAAAAUUGCUAAAUAAAGCUGCCUGUUAUAUUCACCAAA